GGACCUUGGGGAAGAGUGUGACGACAUGAACAAAGUGAAUCGUGACGGGUGCUCCCUCUUUUGCCGCCGGGAGUUAUCGUUCAACUGCGUAGAUGAGCCAAGCCGUUGCUACUUCCACGAUGGGGAUGGCGUGUGCGAAGAGUUUGAGCAGACAACCAGCAUCGCGGAUUGUGGGAUCUACACACCCAAAGGGUUCCUGGACCAGUGGGCAUCCAACGUGUCGGUUUCGCACUAUAACGAGAAGUGCCCAGCUACGGUGGUAGCAGGUCAGCCAGCAGCAAAUCAAAUGUGCCGGACCAAGGAGUACGAUUUCAACGAUGCUCUGGCCCGAUAUGCAUGGUAUCCCUGCACUGCCAAUCACACUCACACAGUUUUCUGGCUAAAGGCUUUCUAUGCCCGACCCAUGGUAGCCACUGCAGUGAUCAUCCACUUGGUAACAGAUGGGACAUGGCUGGAGAUGGAUCUGGACCAGAAACAAGAGUCCAUUUUUGUGCAGCUGGUGGACACCAAAAACCAAAGUCACGAUCUCGGGGAGCACGGCUUGAGCUGUCGCAAGAACCCUUUGAUUAUCCCGGUUGUCCAUGACCUUAGCCAGCAUUUCUACCACACUCAAGCCAUUCUCAUCACCUUCAGAUCUCAGUAUGUGGCGAUCUCCGGGGUGGCCUUGCGCUCCUUCCAGGAUUUUGACCCCAUCGCUGUCAGCAGCUGUCAGAGCGGACAGACCUAUAGCUCGGCUGAACAGAGCUGCGUUCCCCAUUCUUGCAAGACCCGGGACUGCCAGGAGUUGGAAAUCGAGAACGCCAUGCUGACUUUCACCGACGGGGGGCGCUACAAUGGUGCCCAGUGUAAUGUCACCUGCCAGGCAGGUUACGUCCUCCGGGUUCACAGAACGGACCAUCUGCCCCAGAGACAGUGGGAGCCCACCACCACCCUGACAUGCCUCGAUGGGGAAUGGAACAAGCGGGUCUCCUGUGAGCCCAUUGACUGCAGGAUCCCGGACCAGCACCACGUCUACCCUGCUACUUUUAAUUGCAGCGAAGGGACCACCUUUGGCAAGCGGUGCACUUUCGCCUGCAAGCCUCCCGCUCAGCUGAAAGGAAGCAAUAACAAUUUGACAUGCUUGGAAGACGGCCUGUGGUCCUUCCCGGAGGCUCUUUGUGAGCUGAUGUGCAGGGCGCCUCCUGUGAUUCCCAACGCUGAUCUUCAGACGGGCCGCUGUCGGGUUCAGAAACACAAAGUGGGAUCCUUCUGCAAGUAUAAGUGCAGACCAGGCUACCAUGUCCCAGGACCUUCGCAGAAAGCGAGGAAGAGGACAUUUAAGAUUCAGUGUGCCCAAGACGGGACGUGGCUGGAAGGAGCGUGCAUCCCUGUGACCUGUGAACCGCCCCCCUCCAAGUUUCACGGGCUCUACCAUUGCACCAACGGUUUCCAGUUCAACAGCGUGUGUCAGAUUCAGUGCAAAGAGGAGGACCCUCAACCUGGCCAGGGAAAUAACGUGAUUCGUUGUCGCAAGGACGGCAACUGGAGUGGAUCGUUUCAUCUCUGCCCGGAGAUGCAAGGGCAGUGUUCCGCGCCCAUCCAGUUGAGGGGUGGCCUGAAAUUACAAUGUCCUGAUGGCUCCGAAAUAGGAGCUGAAUGCACCAUCUUAUGCCCAGAACAUCAUACGGAGCCCAUCCUGUUAAGUGCCAACGAAACAUUACAGGACAUCCAACACUGGAUGAAGCCCCCACGAGUGAAGAGAGUUGUCUGCACGGGAGAACUGAAGUGGUAUCCAUACCUUGACUUGAUCUACUGCAUCAAAGGUUGUGAGCCUUUUGGGGGAGACAAUUAUUGUGAUCCGGUCAACAACCGAGCCUUUUGCAACUACGAUGAUGGAGAUUGUUGCGUGUCAACGGUGAAGACCAGGAAGGUCAUCCCGUUCCCCAUGUCUUGCGACCUGCAGGGAGAAUGUGCCUGUUUAGAUCCCAAUGCUCAAGAGCACAAUCAGCGGGACCAACAUGGCUUCAACUUCGCCUAGGGCCAA